CGAAUCGUGAAUAAGUUGAUAGAAGUAUGUCUGACUCGGAGGAGGAAAUAACUGAAAAACAAUUCAAAGUUGUAUUUUUGGGUGAUGGUAAUGUAGGGAAGACAAGCCUGAUCAGAAGAUAUUGUUACGAUGAGUUCUCUAGACAUUAUAGUCAAACUGUUGGAGUUGACUUUUAUAUGAAAAGACUGACAUUAUCGAAAGGAAAAGAAGUUUCUAUAAGAAUAUUCGAUUUAGGAGGGAUACAAGUUACUGGACAAAUGCUGAAAAAUUACCUCUUCAAUGCCAAUAUGAUAGUUCUCGUUUAUGAUAUUACCAGUUCAUCUAGUUUUGAUAAUUUAGUAUCUUGGUUGAAUAUUGUCAAGAAUGCAAUUGAUUAUCCAACAGAAGUUGUAGUUUAUGGAAACAAGAACGAUUCCGAACAUAAAAGAACUGUGGGAUUGGAUAGAACCAAACGUUUUGUUGCUGAGACUCAAUUAGUACAUUUUUUGGUAUCAGCUAAAACUGGUGAAAAUGUUAGUACUUGUUUAACAGAUUUGGUUGCCAGACAUUCCGGGGUAGAGUUAGGCCGAUUUAAUGGGCAGAAACGACCUACUAUGAAGCAGUCUUCAUCUAUUUCCAGUCCAAAGGAGCGUUCGCAGAAAAUUACUACUACCGGACAAACAGACUCUACAGUUUGUUCUUUACAGUGACGCAGACUAUAUCAAUUUCGACAGCUUUGAUUUGUUCGAUAUAUCUGCCGUUCUCUAUCGUAUGUGCUCAAAUGAUGACAAAUAUAGUUCAAUUUCACUUUUCAAAAACCUAAAGUCAUCAAAAAAUAUUCUCUCGAA